UCUGGGUUGCAUCUUCUGAAGAAAGACGCAUUUUUGUUACUCCUCUAAACCUUAAGGGGAGUUUUUAGCUUUUGGUCAGCGAGUGGUUCCUGGAAAACAUCUGAAUCGUUUUAUAACCAAACACAGCUGCCGCGCCAGUGUAUGUGUGUGUGCGUGACAGUGUGUAUGUGUGUGUUCAUCCGUAUGUGGAAGAGGGAGAGAGAGUGAGGGUAUCUGUUUGCUUCCCUUUCCAAAACGGAAAGAAAGAAAAAAGUUUGGUCGUCUUUUUCUCCCAGUAACUUUUUUAGGCAUGAACGCCGAGACGUGCGUCUCAUACUGCGAUAUGACAUCCAUGGAUUCAUAUUAUAGCCCCUCUGCACCGCAAGGUAGGGAUCAUCCGACGAACCCGUUUAGGACAUUCCAAGUAAGUGACACCAAAUACAGCCCCACUUUCCUGCCAAACAAAGGUCAGGCUUACGGAGAAAAGUCUCGGAGCCCAUUCCAACAGGAGUGUCAGUCAUUGGAUGCCACCGCUGGAGAAGGCACCUUUAACAAAUACCACCUCUUCAUGCAGAGGUCUUCUUGCAAAACCCCCCCCGAAGGAGGCAAACUGCACCAAGAAAGCGGACACAACGGAGCGCUCAUUCCCUGCUAUGGUAAAGACAGCUCAGGACUGACAGACUCUGACCUGACCCCGAACUCUGACCCCUCUGGGAUGGACGGCAGCUACCUGAGUGUGAAGGAUCAAGGCGUGAAGGGCCCCUCGGAUCGCCCAGGCUCGGACAUGGCCGGCCCCAUGGACAAGGGCGAGGGUGAGAGCAACAAGGGCAAGAAGAGGCGUAACCGCACCACCUUCACCAGCUACCAACUGGAGGAGCUGGAGAAGGUCUUCCAGAAGACCCACUACCCAGAUGUGUACGCCCGUGAGCAGCUGGCCCUCCGGACUGACCUGACCGAGGCCCGGGUACAGGUGUGGUUCCAGAAUCGCCGAGCCAAAUGGAGGAAGAGGGAGCGCUUUGGUCAGAUGCAGCAGGUCAGGACACACUUCUCCACGGCAUACGAGCUGCCUCUUCUAGCCAGACCUGAGAACUAUGCACAGAUACAGAACCCAUCAUGGAUUGGUGGCGGCAGCGGAGCGUCUCCUGUACCAGGCUGUGUAGUGCCCUGUGACUCAGUCACAUCCUGUAUGACCCCUCACCCUCACUCCGGCAGCGGCGUAUCUGACUUCCUGGGCGUCCCGAACCCUGGGGGUCACAUGGGACAGACACACAUGGGCAGCCUGUUUGGGGGUCCUGGCAUGGGGUCAGGGAUCAACGGGUACGAUCUGCACAGCAUGGACCCAGACCGCAAGUCCUCCAGCAUCGCCGCCUUGCGUAUGAAGGCCAAGGAGCACAGUGCAGCCAUCUCCUGGGCAACAUGAUGCCUCAACAGCAGCAGGACAGGGGCCUCUGGGAACCCCACCACGUCCAAUCCAAGCCAAAGCAGAGAGGGGGGCCAGUCUGUGCUACUAUAACAGAAAUAUUGAUAAUCUAAAAUAAUAAUGAUGAUAAAAGCCAUAGCAAAUUGCUGAAGAGGAGAGAAAAGAGACUAACAAAUCUGGACAGUGCACUUCUUUAUUUUGUGUCUCUGAUGGGAGAGACCAGUGGACAUCAGAGAUGAACAACAGUCAUUCAGUCAGUCAGUCAGUCAGGUAGUUAAAGCAUGAGGUGAGAGGCAGGAAAUCAAGAAUCAGACCUAUCCUUAAAGAGACAAAUGAAUUGGUUGCUUGUUGGAAACAAUGUGCUGGUUAUACAGUAGCUAUAAACUAAAACACAACAAAAAUGACAAAAAAGCGGAAUAGAUUUGAACCAAUCCCUGCACUUAUUCAGUUAAUACAGGUAAUGCUGUUUGUACAGAUACUGCUAACACACCUGCUAGUGAGAGUCAAUAUAGCUUUUUCUGUUCAGGUGUUAUUAUACUUUCUUGUUUUCCCCAUAUUUAAAUUUUAAGUGUGUAUUUCUUUAUUCAUUUAGAUCCUGGUUUUGUCACAGAAUCCCUUGUCCCUUUCUGUCAGACUGUGUGCAAGUGCAACUAUUCUCUCCACAUAAACUGCAAACUGAUAUUCACAUAUUUACAUACAUUUGGCCUGAUUUGGGUCUGUGUGUACAUUUGGGUUUCCUAAGGUCAUUUUGGUCAGCUUCACUUCAAGGCGAGGGGUGUAGGUAACGGUCAAGCCCAAAGCCGAUCCAUCUCUGUCAGACUAACUGAAAGAAUGCUGAUAAAAUCAGUCAUAUUCUUCAGUUUGGGAAAGAGGUAAACCAUUUCAAAGGUAGCUUACUGUUUCUGGUAUGCAUGGUCAGCACUAGCAUACUUUAGGUUGGUGCUACCUUCCAACACUUAAAUGUCAGAUAUCAAUCCAGGUUUGUUUAAGUGCGGGCAGACAGAGAGCCCUACUUGCACCGCUGAUGGGCCGUCACUGAGCCAGAGAGGGACGGGGAUGAGGAAGUGGUGUGUGUGAGUAUGAGAGAGGUGCACAGAAGGCCUGCUGGGGGCUACAGGGUCUGGGAGCACCAGACAGGCUCAGCUCUGUUUGCAGGAGGAGAUUCAAAGUGGACAUGCCAUUUCCUCCCUUGGCAUUUCCUCACCUCACAUUUCCACCUAGCGAGUUACAGGAAAAGUGCCCUCCAGUCCCAUUGCCAGAAAUAACACCCAGCAGCAGCCCUGAACAGCAGAGAGGCCGUGUAGAUUAUAUAGACAGUUUUUGAGGGAGGAUAAUAAAAUGGUGACUAACGCCGUCAAUGUUGACCACUAUCUCUUUUCAUGCAAAGCCUCACUAUAGUGGGAUGGAAUUCUCAAUGGAGAACCUUUGGUGCUUUUGUUAGACGUAUUACUUUCUCUCCACAGAAGCCGUCAGUCAGUUUUAUACUGGGAACCCCAGGUCUCUUUCCACUUGGAGAAGACUUGUGAAGUGAAUCCCUGUGAAACAGUUUGUUGAGGCAGAGGAGGGCUGUGAAUUGGCUGCAGGUCAUGAUGGACUUGGGGGAACGUGUACUGCACAAAUUUAUUCCAUCUCUCACUCACUGUUUAUUUUCCUCUUGGAGAGAGCCGUCAGUAGGCACUUAGCAGCUCCACUCUGUUCCAAAACCAAUGUGCUCUUAUGCAUCUCUUAGUCCCAGAUGCAAUGUAUGUAUGGCCUUUCGCUGUUAGAGACACAUGUAAGUUCAAUGCUGAAUUUCCUGACGGUGUGUAAAGAAUGUGGAGAGUCUGCGUCCCAUGAGAGAGGUGUCAGAGUAGCAGGCUGUCAUAAAGACUGGAUAGCACUCUAGCAGAGCUCUGAAAGACCUUAUUUCCAUGUUUGCAUCAACAUGAUCACUUUACCAAUGACAGUAGAGGUAUGUUGUUAGAAAUUCCUCAUUCUCCGCGGUCAGCUGUCCUCCUGACAGCUUUAGCAUGACAACUUGAGUUGAGCAGGCUGAAUUUUGAGCCUGGCUUCAUUAACUCUUUGGCAUGGGGUCUGAGCAGGACCAUUUCAAGAAAAACCACCAGCAUGCCAGGAUGAGGAUCCGAUUACAGCCCCCGGCAACAAACAGAUCCCUCCCCCUAUAGUCCCCCGUCCCAUCCCCCCCGUCCCGUCCCUGGCAACAAACAGAUCCCCCUGUCCCACCCCUUAUAGCCCUCCCAGGGAACAACCAGAUCCCCAGUCCCUGCACCUCAGUGUGGACAUGGAACAAUGUGGGGGGCAAACUGUAUUCCGUGCUUUCAAUGGCUCCAUGUCACGAUUUGUGGAGGUGACAGCAAUAGUAGACGUGUUCCAUCAUCUUAUGCAUUAUGAGCUUUCUGUUUUCCCCACGUUCCCAUUUGGAUCAAGUCAAAACAAAAGGUCUCAUAGAUUUGAAGCCAAAUAUGAUACCCCAUGCACCUUAAGCGGAGAAUCCAUCUCUAAUUCCCUAACACAAGCCUCAUUAUUUCCCCUUUCACUCGGUAGCUCCGCUAGGAUAUUGUGGUAUGUACGAUCCAGGAUGAACUGUCAGCAUCUACACUAGGUAGCUCUGCUAGGAUAUUGUGGUAUGUACGAUCCAGGAUGAACUGUCAGCAUCUACACUAGGUAGCUCUGCUAGGAUAUUGUGGUAUGUAGGAUCUAGGAUGAACUGUCAGCAUCUACACUAGGUAGCUCUGCUAGGAUAUUGUGGUAUGUAGGAUCUAGGAUGAACUGUCAGCAUCUACAAACAAUGGGUCAGAAACCCUUUCCAAAUGACGACUCAGAUUGGAUCCAGUUAUACAUGGCAGUUCAAGCCUGAUGCAUGAACAUACUGCUGACAACAUGGCUUGUCUCUCAGUGGUUGGAGGUGCUCUUCUGAGAUUUGGAGAUGGGGCCCCUGUGCUCUCAUAGGCCGCUCUAAGGGGUUGCUGGGAGUGCGAACGGGCCACGGUGUUCCGGUGUUCUGGGAAAAGAACAGUGCACACAGCUGCGCUCAGGGGAUAAAUGCAAAACAAACAUGCCUUGCACAUGCUUCUCCUCAGCUGUCAUGGCUCCAUUUUCAAAGAAGCCCCCACACUGCACUAGGGCUCUCCCUCUCGCUCCUCUGGCCGAAUGCCUGCCCCUCCGGCACUACGGCCAUAUACAGCCGCACAGCCAGGCUGCAGCCUUUUUAAUUAACACUGGGACAUCUGUGGACAGGGAUUCUUUCUGGGAUUGUGUGACAGAACAGAGCCGCCAGUGGCCCUGUGCUUCAGGUUGGCCUAUAGCUGUCUCUGACUAGGGCUUGUAGGGUUUACAGUGCUGGGUUGGGUGCUUCUCAGAGCUCAAACACACAUGAAGCUCAGGUCGACACAGAGUUGAUUUGUUUACCUUUUUCGACAUGUUUUUGAAAACGUUUUAAGUUCUUUAUUUAUAGACAUGUUCUGUUAUCUGCAGUUCUCUAUGGAUUGAGAAGGACAAAACCAAAAGCUCAGUGUUAAAGACUGCAGAAACGUAGAAGCCCAUAUGAAGCCUUCUUGGAUGAAUCACAGGUUAAUAUGUAAAUAUUCUCUUUCUCAUCUACCCUAAUCGAGGCACAGCUUGCCUUAGGGCCUUAACUGAUCAGAUAUGCAGAAUUUAAGUAGUUGCGAAACAGCUUGUAUAUCAGCUCAUCCUGUUGUAGCCUGCAGGGGUCCCAGUCUGUCCCUCGGUGAUGAUGUCACCUUUCACACCACCCCUAUCAUUUCUAAUACUACUGAAGCAGGGCAAUAAAAAUAAGUAAAUACUUAUUAUAAUAUAAAACUGUGUGUUGUGUGUGCAUGUAAAAAAAAAUGUUUGGACUGAUUUACAGUAAUUUACAAAGACCCUUGAAAUGUUACUAAUUUGAUGUAAAGUAUUGCUUUAUCUUUGUGAGAUACUUGUGGGUUGGUUUUUGAGUGAUCCUUCUGAAGGGGGUGGGUGUUCUUGGUUUGUUGAGUUUCCAAGUAUUUUGAAAGGUUUUUGUGGCUUUAAGCUAUAUUGUACGGCUUUUUAAUUAAUGAUGGUAAUCUUUUACUUGUGUUCAUGUUCUCAUAUAUAUUUUGUGUGAGUUACUAUAGUACAGUAAGUUAUUGCACUUACGUAAUAUUUUAG